AUGAUGCCCGGCCGGACCCUGCGCAGGGGGGGGCCCCCAGCCGCUCCUGCAGGGCGGGAGGCGGCGGCGGCCGAGUGCGCCCUGGAGCUGACCCGCAUCGGCGACAGAUGGAACCUGCGGCAGAGGCUCCUCAACCUGCUGGCCAAGCUGUUCCUGCCGAGCCCCGGACCGCGGGCUGCCCGCGGACACGGCGAGAGGAGCAGGGGAGCACCUUGGCUUUGUGGGUUUGGGAGAAAAGGCUCCACAGACAGUGGGAGAUGAAGAGAUCUCAAAUCUCGCUGCCUUGCGUUUAGCUGCCCGUAGGCGCUGGAGGAUGGCUACCACAUGAUUUCUCUGAAGAAUGUUACGGCAAUACUGGCGUAUGAAUGCCAGGUGGGAAAAAAAGAUAACGAUGGGCAGAGCCUCUGAACUGUGCAGUGGUGACUUGGGACAAGCUGGUGACCUGGGGAAGUUUGGGGCAAGACUGAACUUGCCCUUCACCAUGGUCUGAGAACACUUUCAGGAACCCGGGUUCCCCAGUCACCCUCUGGUCCUCAUGUCCCAUAGCCACGUUUCACCGAGGAGUUCAGCCCUCCUCCAGGAUGAAGCCAAAAAAAGUGUCAUUGUUUUGGAACUUGGGAUCACAUACCACAAAGGAAACUCCUGGAUUUUUGACUGCUGGAUUUUCGACUGCUCUUCUUUUCUGAAAUACGGAUCCUGCUGGACAGGGAUCUGGUGGUGGGAAUUAAAAUUUGUUAAAGACAACCACUAUCUCUAUUGAAAGGUUAUUUGUUACAGGA